CUUCAUCUCUCACCCAACAAUCUCACAUUAUACCUUCAAUAUUCAUCACCAUGGAUUUGGCUCAACCUGCCUCCGAGCACGUUUGCUACGUCCGCUGCACCUUCUGCAACACCGUUCUCGCGGUUGGGAUCCCAUGCAAGAGACUGUUGGACACUCUGACAGUGAAAUGUGGGCAUUGCAGUAAUCUCUCGUUUCUUAGCACAAAACCUCAAUCCCAAGGACACUGCUAUGAUCAUCAAACAAGUCUUCAUUACCAGGCUUUCUGCAAUGAAUUCAAGAAGGGGCAGUCUGCAUCAUCGUCUUCAUCCACUUCCAGUGAGCCCUCCUCGCCUAAAGCUCCAUUCGUGGUCAAACCUCCUGAGAAGAAGCAUAGGCUUCCAUCUGCCUACAACCGGUUCAUGAAAGAAGAGAUACAGCGCAUCAAAGCGGCAAAUCCAGAGAUACCACACAGAGAGGCUUUCAGUGCAGCUGCAAAAAAUUGGGCUAGGUACAUUCCAAACACUCCACAGAUGAAUGCUUCCACCAGCACUAACAAGGCUUGAUAAACAUGGAGGGAGGCUGAGGGUGAUCAAGAGAAAUUUGGGUGGUUUUUAAGACAAUUUAGGGGAUGGAAAUAUGUUAAAUUCAGUUUAGUCUUCAGACUUGAGCUUUUGAAGCUUUGUAUUCCAUGUAACUUGUUAUGUUUGUAGCUAAACAUUGGAGUGAUCAGUACUGCUGCUUUUGUUUUUUUCUAAUGAAUGUUACAUAAUAAAGAUUACUGUGUUACUCGA